AUCAAAUAAAUUUAACCGUUGGCCAUUUGGCAUAUUAUUAUUUAUUUAUAAUCAAGAGCUUUAAUAAUUUAUUAAUUUAUACCUACAUAAUAAUGAGUUUAUUUGCUGAAUUUAUACAACUUGGUAAACAAAUUGAUAAUGGUAUUAAAAAAUUAAAAAAACAAUGGGAAUCUCCUUUGGCAUUUAUAAAUGUCAGUGAUAAAAAUGCUCAAGUGGCUAGUCAUCAACAUCUUGAUAAUUUAUCUGUUAUGAUAAAAAGUAUUCGUAAUGAAGUUAUUGAGGACAAUAAAAUAAGCACUGAUUUUGUUAUUGAUGAAGACAGAUUUUUAUCUGAAUGUCAAGCAAUUUAUGAUGAAAUUAUUACUCAGAUGAUUGACAUUGACAUCUUGGUAGAAGAAUAUGGAUAUACUUAUCAAAAUACAUCAUACAAUUUAUCACACAAUGAGGGAGAAUCAAGUAUUCUUGCUCCAGAACUCAUGGAUAGUCGGUUGAUAAGUUCACCUGGUAAUUGUACAAUUAAAAUUGAAGAUGACAAUGAUGAUGAAGAAAAUUAUGAAAAUGUUUCUCCAAAUAAUAUUGUCACUCAACCAAAAUUUAUAAAAACACCAGUUAUCAAGUGUGCUCCUUCAACAAUCAAGCCUAAAAAUACAACUCAAAUUUAUGACAUUCAAUCAACACCCCUUCGUUCAUUUCCUGUUGAACCAACAUAUUCACCCUAUUAUUAUGAUCGUAAAUAAUUAUUAUUUUAUUACUUCAUAAUUAAACUCGGUGACUUUUGUACAUAAUAAAGUAAAAAAAAAAGCUUUGUAAUAAAUAUAAAUUAUUAUUUA